UCAGCCAAAUGUAUUUAAAAAUAAGUAUUAACUAAUAAUUACACGCUGAAUAAAAACACGACGUCCGUCUUUAUAAGAACACGCAAUCUAAAUGAUUUUUCACGAAGGCAGCUUUGUAGUCGACGUUAAAUUUAUCCAACACAUUUGACAGCUAUGCCAUCGCUAAGGAAAAGAGUGUCAAGCUAUUUCAGACAAUUAAGUUUUCACAAUGAACCCAGGGACAAGAAACACAACAUUAAUGAAAACUCAUUUGUCACAAAAUAUCUGCAGGGUCAAAUAACUUUAAAAGAAGGCCCUGAAAUUAUUUACGGAAAGAAUCCCACUGAUCUCCCAAAUUAUGAGCUAGGAAAGUAUGAAAGUGGUGCUGAUUCAAUUAUUGGUUGUUACUCAGGACCAAAUGGUGGACUGACAACAGUUAAAAGGACUGAAAAACAUUUAUCUGUGUUGGAUGCUGACAUUGAUUUCAUAGACACAACAGAUGAUGUGGUUCCCGCCGCGUCGCCGAAACGGUCGCCGCAAAGAAAAGCCGGCCAGCCGAUCGACAACACGAAAAUGAUAAUAAAAGUGGCCGGCCACGAGUACUGCGUGACCAAUUUGCCGAAGAAGUCGCACAACAAGAGCCACAGUCUGGGCAGUCUGGGCGACUUCAGCGUCGAGAUCGAGAAGACGCGCAUCGACCGCGAGUCGACGACGCGCGGCAGCAACAACAAUUGCGACAGUUGCGAGUGCCGCAACCAGAGCCGCAACCAGGUCGGGCCGGAGACGGCGAAGGGCAGCGUCAGCGUCGACGGGCUGGCGAGAAAGUCGACGGCGGACGCGCGGCCGAACGGCGUCAGGACGAGGAAACAGUCGUCCGACGGACAGAGGCCGGCCAAGAGGGCCGAGGGCUGUGAUAAGAAAGCGACGGAGAAUUAUCCGUUGUCGAAGUCGAAGUCGGAGGGUAACCCGUUCAAUAACCGAAAGAAGGGGAAGAUCAUUCGAAUUGCGCAAAGAGCCAACGUACAGGCCGAGGAUGCGCCGGAAGUGUCGAACAUCCCUUCGGUGGUGAUCAACGAUUCGUCGCUGCCGAACGAAUGGAAUCGGAAAUCGGACUUCGUCUACGGACUGUCGGACUCCCUUUACGAUCGCAACCAGGUCACGAAGAACAAGAACGGCGACCCGAUUGCCGACUGUUUCGGCAUCAUAGCCCGUCAUGAUUCUGCCAUACUGGCCGUCGCCGAUGGCGUCAACUGGGGUGAGAAGGCGUGCAUCGCGGCCAAAUCGGCCGUCCACGGCUGCCUCCACUACCUCGACAAGACGAUAUUCAACGACACGAAACCGUUCGACGACCUGACGAUAAAGUCGGACGACUCGGCGCCGACGAGUCUCAGCAUCGCGGACGCCCGUCCGGAGAACCUCAUCAAGAACACGCGCGAGGUGUUCGUGUGUCUGCUGAGGGCGUUCAAUUGCGCCCACGACCUCAUCCUGGAGAACAAGGGCAUGCUGACGACGCUGACGGUCGCCAUAGUGUUGCCGCUGAAGCAGAGGGCGAGGCGGAACGGCGAAGAGCAGGGCACGAGGUAUAUUUGUUGCGUGUGCAACGUGGGGGACACUCUGGCGUACGUCUACUCGCAGAAGUACGGUGUCAGAGAGCUUACGAAAGGUUCCCACGACAUCAACUGUAAUCGUGACAUGCGUGACGCUCUGGGAGCCCUGGGCCCUGUAGACGGUAUCAACCCGGAGCUCAGCAAUCUGACGCUCAGCAUAACGACGCUGAACGAAGGCGACAUCGUUCUAGUGGCGAGCGACGGUCUGACCGACAACUUUGAUCCGAACGUCUGCAAGUUCACCGUGAACGCGAACGUCGCCGAGCCGCAGAAACCUAAAAGGCAACCUCCUCAAAAAGAAGUGAUAAAACCUCCACGAAUUAAAAAUCCGCCCACCGUCGAACAACGACCGAAGCAACCAGAACCACGAACAGAUAGGACGACGACGGAGACGGCGGCCAAGCCGCCCAUAAAACCACCUCGUCGUAGUAAAAUGAACCGAGAUUCGGUGGAGAGGGCGUCCAUUAAGAGCAACACUCCCUCCAUGCAGUCCACAGUCUCCACCGACAACAGUUCCAGCGUCCCAGACGAUUGGCAGUCUCAAAGCAGCACGUCCAUAUCGGUGUCGACGUCGGACCACCUAGCGAACGCGUCACGAACCGACGCCCCGCCAGCCAACCACUCACGAUCACCGUCCGCCAACCCAGAUCCGGAAUUGGAGAACAAUCCGUUGGUCGCGCAGUUCGUGAAGCAGAACGCUUUGCCGCCGCCACAGCAGCAACAGGUUCAGAAGAAGACGGCCAGCUUGGACGCCAGACGGUCGACGGCGGUCGUGGACAAUCGGGCGAGCAGCCUGCGCAAGCAGUCCGGCGUGAAAGCCAGUGCGCAGACGCAGACGGGCAGGGAUAGGAAGCCGAAGCAGGACGCGAAGCAGCAGAAGAGCGCCACCGUCAAGGAGACCACCGGCUAUAAGUUCUUGCGGUCGAAAACGUCCAUCGAUUUUACAAGGUCGUCGAUCACCACGAAACAAAUAUCGAGAAACGCCGAAGGGGUGCCGUACGUGACGCCGAUCCAACGCUACGAGUUGCAGCUGUUGCUGAUCGAAGACGUGCUGCGCAACGGCAUAUCGGGCAAGGACCAGCCGUGCAGGACGGCCAAACGUCUCUGCGAGAACCUGGUCAACUUCACGUUGAGCAUCACGUCGGCGAAACGGCACACGCUGGAGGACGUCGACCUCUAUUUCGACAAUCGUAACGGGGUGCUAGUUGAGGUGACGGCCAUGGAGAAGAAGCUGCGCAGGAAGAAGGGGCUGGAACGUGUGCAGAAUCUGCCCGGAAAGCUGGACCACGUUACGGUGGUGGCGUACAACGUCGGCAACACUUGGAGUUAGUGUGGGAAGUUGCUCAAAAUGCGUUUCGUGGAAAUUGUGUACAUGUUUGGUUUGCAGCUUGACAAUCGUAAUGGAAUAUUUUAGUUUUAUGGCAACCACUGCUACAGAAACUUAUUCUAAUUAUUUAUUUUAAAAUUUAAUAAUUAUAUUCGUCUAGAAAGGUUCAUUUUUAAAUAUAUUUUUACAAUUUUUAUCUUAUCGUUUCAUCUAUGUAUUAAUUUUACAUGUGUUUUAAUUAUAUCAACACAUAUAAAAUGAGUUAAACAUGUACAUAUAUAUUCCAGCCAUUCUCUAGAUUUUCUGUAAUCACAAAACAUUCCUAAUGUUGAGCUUCCUUCAAAGCUGAGUUUGUGUCAAUUUCAGUUUGUAAAUAAUGUAUAUUAGAAUGCUUUUUCCAUCGACGAAUGAAAAUCCAUCAAAUUACAGGGUUCCAUGUCUCAAAAACGUAUUUUUUAAUUAAAUUAUUUAUUAGGUAACUUUAAAUUAAAAUGAUUUAGAAGGCGAAAAACAAUGUUGAUGUGACCCACAGAUCUCCAGUAUUGACUGACCUUAAUUCUAAUAUGUAACGUUCCUAUUACAUCUUAGCGUUAUUUUCAAAGGUUUCUGCUUCACCCAAAUUAUAUAAUUCUGAUAUAGCAUUUCUUAACAUAUCCAUUUGUAUAUUUGUUAUGUCAAAAAAAUAAUGGAAAUAAUCCUGUACUGCCAUAAACGUAUUAGGUUAAUAAAAUAUUAACUUUCAAUCGAGACAAAGUACCAUGUGCAAUAUUUUCAUAAAAUAACGAUUAUAAAUCUAAUUUAGAAAUUUUAUUUGAGAACAUUCCAUCAUAUUUUGAUUAUCAGGGAUAUUCAAAAUCAAAAUGUAUUGAUAAUUUUAAAUAUUGAAAAUUUUAAUUUUCGAACACAUUUAAAUAUCAAAUAUUUUUAUACAGCAUGUUUUUUAAUGUUGUCUGACCGUUUAUUUUUUGAAUUCUAUACAUUUUAUUUGAUUUGAUGUAAUAAAUUAUUUUAUUUUUACAAAUAAGUCGUACGUUGUUGCUAUGUUGUUUGCAUGUUUUUCUUUUUUGUUAUGUUAGUGUAAUAAACGAAAUAACUGAUUAA